AUGGGAAAGCUGAAAGGCGGCAAGGCUGUGACGAAGGGCUCCGAGGUUGUCGUCCACGCCGUCGGGACGUUGACGGCGGCGGGGGUCGUUUUUUGGAACACGCGUGCGGACCCGCGACGGCCCGAGCCGUUCGCCUACGUCGCCGGCGUCGGCGAGGUCGUGCGGGGGUGGGACGAGGGGUGCGUCGGGAUGCGAGUGGGCGAGACGCGGCGGCUGAGCAUCCCGGCGAGCGAGGGGUACGGCGCCGCCGGGUUCGCGGAGUGGAACAUACCGCCGAACGCGGACCUGACGUUCGACGUCACGGUGCUGAGCAUCGCGUGA